AUGAAUGACAUUGACAGUGGUCCUCAGGACCUCAUUGAACUUACACAUGACAAGCUCUCUGCAGAUGCCGUGUCUGACUCUGUCUCGUGUCCGUCUUGUGGAGCAGUAUCAAUGUUUAUUGGAACCACAAGGGAUAAUUUUGAAGGAAAGAAGGUUGUCCAGUUGGAGUAUGAGGCAUACAUCUCAAUGGCAGAGUCUGAGCUGAAGAAAAUAUUCAGUAAAAUAAGGGAAAAAUGGCCAACUGUGCGGCAUAUCUGUGUUCAUCAUAGACUGGGGAUUGUCCCAGUGACUGAAGCCAGUGUCAUCAUUGGUAUUUCGUCACCUCACAGGACUGAGUCCUUGGAAGCUGUACAGUACUGCAUCAAUGCCUUGAAAGCCACUGUUCCUAUCUGGAAAAGAGAAAUCUAUGAAAACGAGGGCUCAUCCUGGAAGGAGAACAAAGAGUGUUUAUGGACAGGAGGUACAAUGAAAUAGCCAUCAGUGGGAGAAAUGACAAAACUCUGCCUCCAACUCUUCAGUGCCCUUCAGUUGACCGAAAAUGUUUAAAUGAACAUUUAAAUGUCGUAGUGAUAAAAUGGUUUUUUACAUAAUUUAACUUACGACUAAGGAAUCGUAUAAUAUCACAGAACUUUACAUUUUAUUUAAAAAUCUGUUAACUGCAUUUAUGGAUAUACUGGCUCCUCAGCUUAAAAACACCAUUGUACAGGUCAAAAGUGUGAACGUAAGCCUGUAAAUUGUCCUUAAAUCUUAAGUCACUUUUACCAGUAAGGCUCAAUUUAAAAAAAAAAAAAAAAAAAAAACUUUAAUACAAAUAUUUCUUUCCAUUUAUUCCCUGAGCAUGUCCUGCAAACACCUUAGGUAAAGCUUUAAUAAAUUAAAAAAAAAAACUUUAUUGGAAAAAAAUAACCAACAAUAAAUGUCAAUGAUUACACUACAAAGACACAUGUUAAUUAAUAUUUUAAUGUACAGCAUCUGUGCUGAAGGAAGUCUUGUUAAAACUGGACUGACACUGCACAUUUUUUUAAAUUCAUUUUGAGCAGCAUAUAUGCCAAAUGUCAAGCAGACAUUUUUAAAAAGUGAAAGCAUACACAUUUUAAUCAUUUUCAGUGAAAAAAAUUCAUAAGCAUUUAUAAUUUGUCCUAUGUAAGCUGAUCUUUCACAAUCAAGAUAUUGCAUUCAAUACACACACUAUCUGAAACUGCUUGCCCCAAGCGGGGUCGCGGCAAACCGGAGCCUAACCUGGCAAC